GUUCCCUUCUAGCAACUUAUGCAAACGGUAAAGGGCGGUAGAUCUCUUUCAGAGCUUCCACGUUUUCUGUGGUUUGAGGAGACGGCUUUUCGGUUUUGAGAUUUGACCAUGGAGUUCUUAGACGAAGAUGCCCGACCCAGAUUCGUCCUCCAAUCGAAGCCUACACCCGAACCCGCCCAAUCGUCCCAAGAUCCCCCAUCUCUCCGUAAACCCACUUUCCUCAUUUCUCUCACUCUCUCUGCACUUCUCCUCGCUCUGUCAUUCCUCUACUUCACCUCAGAUCCCUUCCAAUCCCUCUUCAUAUGGUUCUCUGUUUCCCUCCUCGUCGGCCCAUUUGCUCCCCUCUCCCUCACGGCCGGCGACAUCCGGGUCGGCCUUGGUCCACCCCUACCCGAACCCACAAAGGAAACCGAAAUAUCUGAUGAGGUUAGCAAAAGAAGCGGUAAAAGGUCAGUAAAAUCUACAAGGAAACAAGACGGGUCAGGAAAUGGAUCCGGGUCAACCAGGCCGGAUUACGGCUGGGAAGCGGUGGAACAAAAUGGGUUUUCGGUGAAUGGAAAUGGGUCGGUUGCAAAAUUUGAGAAGAGCAAGGGUAAGGUUGUGAAUGAGGAGGUGCAGUGGGAUGCGGGGGAUGAUGAGUUGUUGAAGAAGUUGAUGGGGAAGCAUCCGGUAGGGAAGCCGGGACGUUGGGAGGCGGUAACUGAGGGUUUUAAGGGCAGGCAUAGCGUAGAGAGUGUGAUAAAGAGAUCAAAGGAAAUGGGGGAAAAAAAAGUGAGUGACGAGGAUAGUUAUAAGAAGUUUUUGAAGGAUAGGAAGCCGGUGGAUAGGCGAAUCGAGGGGGGAAAUGAGAGUCAUGUUGGAGGAUUGCAGAGCGUUGAAGCGAAGGGAGACAGUAGUGGAUGGAAUGCUGGGGAGGAUUUAGCAUUGCUUAAUGCUCUAAAAGCCUUUCCUAAGGAUGUAGCAAUGAGGUGGGAGAAGAUUGCAGCUGCUGUGCCGGGGAAAACGAAGGCGGCUUGUAUGAAAAGAGUGGCAGAAUUGAAGAAGGAUUUCAGGAGUUCUAAGACUGCUUCUAGUGAGGCUUAGAUAAGAGUGGCAAUCGAAUUCUGGCUGCCUUGAGAAGGUACAAGCUAAGUGAUGGUAUGGAUGCACAUAAUGUGAAUGAAUGUAACUGGA